AUGGUGAGUUUUGCUGACGAUAACUGGUUCCGAGGGCUGAUCUGUUCCCUUGCUGCGUUUGCGAUGAUAAUGAUCGGCUACGCCUCGUACUACGGAUUCCUCAAAUCAAGAUGGCCAGAUUUUGAUGCUUACUAUGACGGAGAAGACGAAGAAUUCGAAGCAAACCAAAAGAAGAUUGAAAGUUACAAAAGCCAAGCUGAAUCUGAGACGGCCUCAACGCAGGAUCAAUGCAUCGAAGAAAAAGAAAAAGAGUCAAUCAAUGAACACGCGUUCUAG